AUAUUGCAUGGUCCAUAGGGGUCAGCAAUGCCAUACCAUUGUCUGGUUCAGAACACGAAGCCAUUGUCCAAACUGUUGAAAAAACAGAAAGAGUAAAGACCAAACCUUCUUCUUUGAUCUUUUCCUUGAAAGGCAAAUUAAUGGCUGCUGGCCGCCGGCUGCGAAGUGGUCCUUUCCUCAGAUUAAACCCAAAAUCCGGCCAUUUCCAGCGAACCCCUUUUAAACGCGUUUUUUCUUUAUUAAUGUCCAAAACCACGUAUCUGCCUCUUCCUAUUUCUUUAAUACCAAUUUAUAUAUAUAUAAAGUUCAUAUUUGAUAUUAUCAAAGUUGAUGCCUUUCUUUUAAAAAGAUAAGACACCCACCCACCAAACCCUAUGACCUGGUAAAACCCGUAUUAUCCCAUUUGUUUUCUUCAACUUUACUCUCUCUUUUUUUGUUUUGUUCUUUUUUGAAGCAUUUCAAGUUGAAUUGUUCAAUUCUUUUAUAUCAAAAGUUGUAUGUGUGUGUGUGUGUGUAUACAUAUAUAUAUAUAUAUAUUGCUGUAGCAGAAAUGAUGGGUUAUUAGUUUGUAAUUUAUAGUUUUGCUGACCCUUUUUUUGUUCUUUUUAACGAAUUAGGUUGUUUUGGAACUUGGCUCUUCAAUCAUGUUAAAUUUUAGCUUAAUUUUGUAAGGUAUAGUUGUUUCAACUUUUUUAUUUUGUGAUAUAAAGAUCAGAUCUUUAUGUGUUUGAUUAUUAGCCCAUCAAUUGGUUUAGGGAUUUAGAUGUGAAAAUUAGUGGUAUUAUUAUUGAGGAAGGAAUUUAAGUGUAAAGAGAGUAGAUGGGUAAUACUUGUGUAGGACCAAGCAUUUCGAAAAAUGGGUUUUUCCAAUCUGUUUCAGCCGUAAUGUGGCCAAACCGAUCACCUGAGGGCUCGGUUUCUCAUAGGGAAACUGGGAAUGAAUUAGCAUCUAAAGAACCUGAAUCAGCAUUACCGGUUCAAAGCAGACCUCCGGAACAAAUGACAAUGCCGAAAUCGGAGACUAAGCAAGAGACUAAAUCCAAAAAACCGAAAAAACCUAAGCCUCCUCAUGUGAAGAGGGUGUCUAGUGCAGGGUUGAGGACUGAGUCAGUGUUACAAACAAAGACUGGAAAUUUCAAGGAAUAUUAUAGCUUGGGGAAAAAAUUAGGACAAGGUCAAUUCGGGACGACUUUCCUUUGUGUGGAGAAGUCAACUGGAAAAGAAUAUGCUUGCAAAUCGAUUGCGAAGAGAAAGUUAUUAACUGAUGAGGAUGUUGAGGAUGUGAGAAGAGAAAUUCAAAUAAUGCAUCACUUGGCAGGGCAUCCUAAUGUUAUAUCAAUAAAAGGUGCUUAUGAGGAUGCAAUGGCGGUUCAUGUUGUUAUGGAAUUAUGUGCUGGUGGAGAGCUUUUCGAUAGAAUCAUUCAACGUGGACAUUAUACGGAACGAAAGGCAGCUGCACUUACAAGGACUAUAGUUGGGGUUGUGGAAUCUUGUCAUUCUUUAGGGGUUAUGCAUAGAGACCUUAAACCGGAGAAUUUUCUUUUUGUUAACCAGCAAGAGGAUUCGCUUCUUAAGACUAUUGAUUUCGGAUUAUCAAUGUUCUUUAAGCCAGGUGAAACGUUUAUGGAUGUGGUUGGAAGUCCAUACUACGUUGCCCCAGAAGUUUUACGAAAGCAUUACGGUCCCGAAGCUGAUGUCUGGAGUGCAGGAGUAAUACUUUACAUUCUCUUAAGUGGUGUUCCUCCCUUUUGGGCUGAAAGUGAGGAAGGUAUAUUCGACCAAGUCUUGCAUGGUGACCUCGAUUUUGAGUCAGAUCCUUGGCCUAACAUCUCUGAAAGUGCAAAAGACUUGGUGAGAAGAAUGCUCAUUCGAGACCCCAAGAAACGGUUAACUGCACAUGCUGUUUUAUGUCACCCUUGGAUACAGGUUGAUGGUGUUGCACCGAACAAGCCCCUUGAUUUUGCGGUUUUAAGUCGUUUGAAGCAAUUUUCGGCAAUGAAUAAGCUCAAGAAAAUGGUGCUUAGGGUGAUUGCAGAGAAUCUCUCUGAAGAAGAAAUAGCCGGCCUCAGAGAAAUGUUCAAGAUGAUAGACACGGACAACAGUGGUCAAAUCACCUUCGAAGAACUUAAAGCUGGACUGAAAAGAGUUGGAGCUAAUCUUAAGGAGUCUGAAAUUUAUGAUCUUAUGCAGGCAGCUGAUGUUGAUAAUAGCGGCACAAUUGAUUAUGGGGAAUUCGUAGCUGCUACACUGCACCUAAACAAAAUCGAGAGAGAAGAUCAUUUAUUUGCUGCAUUUUCCUACUUUGAUAAGGAUGGUAGUGGUUAUAUCACUCCCGAUGAACUCCAACAAGCAUGUGAAGAGUUUGGCAUAGAGGAUGUCCGACUUGAAGAAAUGAUCCAUGAAAUCGAUCAAGAUAAUGAUGGACGCAUAGACUACAACGAGUUUGUAGCCAUGAUGCAGAAAGGACAUGUCGCCACAAAUGCUGGCAGUGCUGGUGCUGGGAAGGAAGGCUUACAACAUAGUUUUGGUAUUGGAUUUAGAGAAGCAUUAAAACUUUAGCAUAUGCAUCUCUUCAUGUUCUCGUGUUAUGAGCCGAGACUUAGCUCCAGUCACGUAUAGCCUUACUCACGGAUCGUGACACUUGUUAAUAGGACUGACAUUUGUAUAGUAAAAAGUACCAAAGCAAUGCUCAUUGUAAGGAGCAGGUGGUGGUUUUUCCAUUUUCUUCAACCUUUUUUCCUGCAAUCAGAAUGAGGUUCCUUCAUGUUGUAUGCUUCUACACAAAGGAAUUUGGUUCUCUUUUAUUUAUUAUAUUUGUUUUUUA